CGGUAUUAUUCUGUUGGUAAUUUUUUUGUACACACCCACGUUCCACCUUUUCCGGCCGUUGGCUGUGGCGGAGAGAUACAUUGCUUCAUCUCCUCCUCCGCCAACCGCCGCAUCCCCGCCAAAAUCCGCCGGGCGCCACCAUAUCAAGGAAUUAGCUACGUAUCCUGCAUUCCUUCAUCAAAUUAACGCGCGCAAUUGACAAGAACAUAUCCAUUCAUCCAUCGAAUGUAAUUAACAUUUCUACAAACGAAAAUGCCCGAUGAGAAUUCAGAGAACGUCGUCUACCUCCAUGGGGAUCUGGACUUGGAGAUUCUAGAAGCUCGAUGGUUGCCAAAUAUGGACAUAGUUUCGGAGCGCAUUCGGAGACUCCUCACGGCCCUCGACUGCCGGAGACCGAUUUCCCGGCCGGGAAAGAGGGGCUCUCGGCAUCUUCAUGCUGCAGCUAAGAUAAUCACCAGCGACCCUUACGUGAAAGUCUGCCUUGCGGGUGCCACGGUGGCUCGCACCCGCGUGAUCGCGAAUUCGCAGGAUCCGGUGUGGAACGAACACUUCAAGAUCCCGCUGGCUCACCCGGUCUCAGAGGUGGAAUUCCACGUGAAGGACAAUGACAUGUUCGGGGCCGACUUCAUAGGCGUGGCGAAAGUGUCGGCCCCAAGGAUCAAGUCGGGCAAGAUGAUAGAUGACUGGUUCCCGCUCACGCGUGGCGCGGGCGGGAAACCCCCGAAGCCCGAUAGUGCUAUCAGACUAAGGAUGAAAUUCACCCCUUGUGAUGAAAACCCGUUGUACCAGCCUAGCCGUGGAGGCGGCAUUGUUGAAAACUAUGGCUUGAAAGAGAGUUAUUUUCCCGUGAGGCACGGAGGGGCGGUGACGCUCUACCAGGACGCGCACGUCCCGGAGGGCGUGUUGCCGGAGAUUAAGCUAGAACAAGACGACUACGACGACGGUGCAGGACCGACGAAGGCUUUCCAUCACGGGAACUGCUGGGAGGACAUUUGUCAUGCCAUUCUGGAGGCACAUCACUUGGUAUACAUAGUAGGGUGGUCCAUCUAUCACAAGGUGAAGCUGGUGAGGGAGCCUACAAAACCGCUGCCUAAUGGAGGGGAUUUAAACCUGGGAGAACUGCUUAAGUACAAGUCUCAGGAAGGAGUUAGGGUGCUGCUUUUGGUUUGGGAUGAUAAGACUUCUCACAACAAAUUCUUUAUUAACACGGCUGGGUUAAUGGGAACACACGAUGAAGAAACUCGCAAGUUUUUCAAGCAUUCAUCAGUUACAUGUGUGCUUGCACCUCGUUAUGCAAGUAGUAAGCUUAGUAUAUUCAAGCAACAGGUGGUAGGAACACUUUAUACACACCAUCAAAAGUGUGUAAUUGUGGAUACACAAUCUGAGGGAAACAAUAGGAAGAUAACAGCUUUUAUUGGAGGUCUAGACCUAUGUGACGGGCGAUAUGAUACCCCUCAGCAUAGAUUGUUUUCUGACCUUGACACUGUUUUCAAAGGCGACUAUCACAAUCCUACAUUCCCUGAAGGAGGAAUUAAGGGACCAAGACAGCCAUGGCAUGAUCUACAUUGCAAAAUUGAAGGGCCUGCUGCGUAUGAUGUUCUCACAAACUUUGAGCAGCGGUGGAGAAAGGCAGCAAAAUGGGAGGAGUUAGGGAGGCGUUUUAAGAAGAUAUCACAUUGGCAUGAGGAUGCAUUAUUAAAAGUAGACCGGAUUUCUUGGAUAACUAGUCCUUCUUCUUCCGUUCCAAAUGAUGAUCCUUCAUUGUGGAUUUCCAGUGAAGAUGAUCCAGAAAACUGGCAUGUUCAGGUUUUCAGAUCCAUAGAUUCAGGGUCUUUGAAAGGGUUCCCAAAAGAUGUUCAAACAGCCAAUACACAGAAUCUAGUUUGCGCAAAAGAUUUAGUAAUUGACAGGAGCAUCCAAAUGGCAUACAUCCAGGCAAUAAGGCGUGCCCAACAUUUUAUUUACAUCGAAAAUCAGUAUUUCCUCGGAUCAUCAUAUGCUUGGCCAUCCUACAAGGAUUCAGGUGCGGAUAACUUGAUACCAAUGGAACUUGCUCUUAAGAUUGCAAGUAAAAUCCGGAAUAAAGAGAGAUUCGCAGUAUACAUCGUCAUCCCAAUGUGGCCUGAAGGUGUCCCUAAUUCUGCACCUGUUCAAGAAAUUCUGUAUUGGCAGGGGCAAACAAUGCAAAUGAUGUAUGAAGUGAUUGCAAAGGAACUGAAAUCUGAAAAGCUAGAGGGCUCAUCACAUCCUUGUGACUAUUUGAAUUUCUACUGCCUUGGCAAUCGGGAAGAAUGCAACAACGAAUCAUCGAGCGUCUUCUCCUCUCAGCAUUCUGCAGGCACCAGCAGCGAUGUUGUUACGGCUUCUCAGAAAUACGGGAGGUUCAUGAUCUAUGUGCAUGCCAAGGGAAUGAUAGUGGAUGAUGAGUAUGUCAUCUUAGGUUCUGCUAACAUUAACCAAAGAUCAAUGGCAGGUUCGAGAGACACGGAGAUCGCCAUGGGUGCAUAUCAGCCCCAUUACACUUGGGCAAGCAAACAUCAAACACAUCCCUAUGGCCAGGUGUAUGGUUAUAGAAUGUCACUGUGGGCAGAGCACCUCGGGAUGAUUGACCCGAGCUUUAAAGAACCUGAAAAUUCAGGUUGUGUUAACCUUGUCAACAAGAUUGCAGAAGAUAACUGGAAGAGAUACACUGCAGAGAAGUUUGCACCAUUGCAAGGUCAUCUUCUCAAGUACCCUAUCCAAGUAGAUUCGGAUGGAAAAGUAAGGUCUUUGCCAGGAUAUGAAAACUUCCCAGACGUUGGAGGCAAAGUACUGGGAGCUAGCACAACUCUUCCAGAUGCAUUGACCACUUAAACAACCUCCAAACCAGCUACUUUUUGUUCAUAUCAUAUGCCCACAUUGUUUCAUUUUUUUCCCCAUAGUAAUGGAUUUAAUUAUCCACGCUAGUUUGUAAGUAUCAAAGGUAUGCCACAUUUAGCAUCCUGUGUGACUAGGUUCAUAACCGAACUCAGGGUAGUAGCUUUUUGACCCUUUUCUUUAACUUAUUUAUUAUUUGUCAUGAAGCCUAAAUGAGCUUUGUAAAUAUAAAUUAUAAAUUCAAUUACUAUUUGAGUUUAUUUAUAUUGUAAAAAAGGCAUGUAAAGAGUAUUACAUUUUUACUCAACUUUAUAAAUUGAAUCAGAUUAAUGAAUGUAGUAUUGUAGUGAGA